AAAAAAGAAAGGAGGGAGAUAACCUGAUCUAGGGUUUGAUGUAGAGAAAGAGAGGAGCGGGAUGAAAGGAGAAUGGGGUUUAUAUAUAGAGGGAAAAAAAGCAAUACUGAAGGACCUUUCGGUAAUGAAUCGGGGUUGCUCUGGGUAGCUGAACGGUAGCUUGCCAUUUAAGAUAGGAUUAAAUCAUGAGACAGAUAGAGCGUAAUUCCCAAUACCUUCCUCAGUUACCACCCCAAUUUUUGUCCUCCCAUUCAACGGAGGUCCUUCAUUCUAGGUGGUGACCAAAUGUUUAAAUCCCGUCCGGUCAUUGGCGCCCACCCUUCCGGGCUCCUCCACCAGAAUGUCGACGGUGGCGGGUGGCGAACGCGACGUCGAGAGCGCUAAGAUCCCCACCGAACAUCCUCUGCCGAUUCAUCCCCCUCCCUACGCCAACUUUCUACCCCAGCCAGUGCCACCAACGGCGGCUCCCCCUCAUGCUUACGCCCCCCCGCCCAAUGCGCCGCCGCCGCCCCAUCUGGCACCAGUACCAGCCACCGACCACUACAAUAUUGCCGUUGGGUACCAACCCCACCCAUAUCCGGCUGUGGUUAACGGGAUCUCCAUGAACACGAAGGAGCCUCCUCUUCCUUUUUGCGGCAUCGGCAUCGGCUGGGCUUUGUUUGUGGCUGGCUUUUUCUUUGCUUCAAUUCCAUGGUAUGUUGGUGCCUUGCUUCUGCUAUUUGUUGAUCAAGAUUAUAGGGAGAAAUGUGGAUUGGUUGCAUGCUCAAUUGCAGCUGGUCUGGCAUUUUUAUCUGUAAUUAUAAAUGCUUUGAACUACUAUGUAUUCUGGUAAUUCCCACCCAUUUUUAUGCAUGUGGAUACUAAGUAAGCUUUUGUGCUUACGGAUAGACGUGAGAUAUUUUAUAUUUCAAUUAUUAUAAUUUUCAUAUUAGAUCCACAUGUAUUCAGAUGAGUUGGAUUAAUGUUAAAAAAAAAAAUUGUUUCAACCAUGAACAUGCGAGUUUGCAU